GCGAGGGCUCCUCCCCCGCCCCCCUCCCCCGCCGGCCAUGAAGAACCCGGUGCCGCAGGCGGCCUCGCUGCUGCUGGAGAAGCUGCUGCUCCUCGUCCACGUCCGGGCCCUGCCCGCGGGCUCCGGCGGGGAACCCCCCGCUCCGCCGGCGGCGGCCGCCCCCGGCUACUACGACACCAGCUGCUUCAAGCGGGGCGACCUGCUGGAGGUGCCCCGCACCCUCUUCAUCCACUUCGGCAUCUACCUGGGGGAGAACCGCGUCGCCCACCUGAUGCCCGACAUCCUGCCCGCCCUCACCGGCGACCGCCGGCAGAUCCAGCAGGUGGUGACCAACAAGCGGCUCAUCCUGGGCGUCAUCACCAAGACGGCCAGCAUCCGCGUGGACACGGUGGAGGACUUCGCCUACGGCGGCAGCAUCCUCGUCAACCACAUGGACCGGCUCUUCCAGGACCAGGUGCUGGGCAGCGAGGAGGCGGCCCGCCGGGCGGAGAAGCUGGUGGGCGCCACGGCCUACAGCCUGCUCUGGAACAACUGCGAGCACUUCGUCACCUACUGCCGAUACGGAGCCCCGGUCAGCUUCCAGACCGACAAGUUCUGUGAGACUGUGAAGAUGAUUAUUCGGGACCAGAGGAGCGUCCUUGCUUCAGUGCUUGUGGGAUUGGCAUCAAUACUCUGCCUAGGUUUGGCGCCCUCCACCACGCUCCCAACUAUCUUUAUUCCCUUCUUUCUGUGGAUGGCUGGCUAACAGCCCUCCCGGAGGCUCGUGGCCAGCGUCUGUAUAUAGGAUGUAUACUACUGUAUUUAUGAAGGCACAGAUUACUCAUCGGCGUCAUGUAAAGUUUCUUAACCUUGUGUGCCGUUUUUAAAUACAUCUUUGUCUAGAACACAGUGCACAAGGCAUAGCUUACUGUGUAAGCCAAAUGAUAGAUUUCCUGAAAAUCUCGGUACAUUCUAACACACCCCUAAAUCAUGAAAAAAAGUAGGGUUGCGAUGCAGUUCUGCUCCUUGCCUUUAGCCAUACGUGAUUCUGGUAAUAUCCUUCAUUUUCUCCGACUUCCUAGCUGCAUACCUGGGUGCCAUAACUAUUAAUAAAAACUUAUGAUGGAGUACCCCAUCAAACUGCUUACCUCUUACUUUGACAGACGUAGUGUGUAUUCAGAAGCUACUAUCUGCAUUCCUCAAAUAUGCUUUAGUGGAGAUACAAGUAAGUAAACUGACUCAUUUUGACAGCAAAGAAGAAGAAACAACGCUAGGCUGGGUGCUCUCUGCUGCAGUAGCACAUCUGGCUGGAUUGGCUCCAGUCCUUUUUGAGUUCCCUUCUGGGAAAUGCCCGCAAAUCUCUCGUUCAUAUUCAUGGCGUAAAUACUUGCUACCAUAUCGACCAACUUUUUGAUUGGGUUAGAGGUAAGGAAAGACAGCGAUCCCUCAACGUUUUACUUGCUACUGAUAGUGGUUAGCAUGGCUAAUGCGAACGGCUACAGACAGGUUAUGGGGAUACAGGAAGAAACGUGCUUGCUUUAUGACAGCUAGUGACAAACAUCAGCAAUUUCCAGCAUUGCAGGGCACGUGGCAGGGAGGAGGAGGACAGAUGCCAACUUAGUUCAUACCUUCCCUCAGCAGUCGGACCCACGUGGGUGCCAUAAAGCAUCAGGGACCAUUGGAGCAGUUCCCGUGGUGGCUAGAUCGUCAUUCUGGAUAUUGCCUUAAAACAAGACGCCUCUCAGUGAAAGAUGACGUGUCUUUCUAUACUCAUCUCUUGCAAAUAAGUAUUUGGUUGCAAGCCAGCAGUUGGUGCUAAAAACGUUUCCUCUUCAGUGUUGAGGCCUUUCUGUUUAUCAAGAAUGUGUAAAGUUGGAUUUGAAAUCAAAUUUGUCUAGCCCAUUGUUUGAGUGCUAAAAACCUUUGCUGUUUUCUUCUUAGCAAUGUCUUGAUGUAGGCAGAGAAAUUGUUCAGCUCCUGGAAUGCCUUGUAUGUGAUGUAUGCACUUACAUUCAUGUGCUAUGCUUGCCUUCCUUUCUAGUCAAAGGCGAAUACGAUGGUGUCUUCACCAAGGACUGAACCUCUGAUUUACUUCUCUCCCUGAGUGGUGUUCAGUGUCCUGUCAUCAGCUCCGCUACUGCCACUUUUCCCCAUUUUUAGAGAGAGACUCCCUUUAACUGCGCUAUAAACCCCUUCCUCCUUCCCCUAGACCUUACAGCUGCUCGAAGAUUGGAUUGUUGAACUGUGAGUCUACUUGGCUGCUCUCUAAUCGUCUUCUGGCUGCUCCACUAUAACCGACAAAGAAUGUAAAGACUGGGUUGAAAUUCCAGGCUCACAGAAACAGCAGCAUGACUGCUGCUGCCAUCAACCAAGGGCAUUUCAGCCCAGCUUUCAGUACAUGUUCAGGUUCCAGCCCAGCCCCAGAGCACCUGGGCAUAAAUUACUCUUGGAUCCUUGUAAACAACUUCUGUUCUGCUUUCAAAGAUUGCAACGCUCCGUGUAACUGUUUCUGGUAAACUUUUCAAAUUAAGGUGUUUUUUAAUUAACAUGAAUUGCUUUUUCAUAGUGUACGCAUUAGUAAUAUUUACAUAAAUUCCCAUGUGGUUUUUUUACUUGCUGUUCUUAAGGUAUGAACUGUAGUCAUUACUGUCAUUACAUAAAUAUAAUUUAUUCAUUUAAAAAUGUCUACCGGCCUCUUGAAAUUGAGCAUAAUGCAAUGGAAUUUCUCUAACAUAUCCCAGUAGGGCACCAAACAGUCCAUUAACAUGCACUUACAUGGUGUCUCAUUACAGGUGGGCUUUUCUUUCCCCCGUUAUUUACUUGGGAUUUAUAAGAAUUCCAGUAAUUCUUAUGAUUGACUUACACAAUAAACAACGGGGUCAUGACCAGUUACCAAUCAGAAGUGGGAUUGUUGGAAGGCAGAGAAAUGCUCCUGCUUCUAGCUUCACUGUCAAAGGACCAGUGCUCCUGCUUUGCUCGUGCUGUUGAGCAAGAAGCAUCCAGAUUAGACUGGGGGACUAAGCUGGGAAUUUCAUAGGGGUGUCUAUGAGAGAAAUGAAAGCAGCUCCUUGCAGACCUCCAGCUGUAUUAGAGACUCUUCCUUCAAAGUGCAAAGUUUUAAGCUGAUGAAAUAAUGUGAAAUGGUCUAGAAUGUCCUGCUGUAUCCUUUCAUCAGAGACAAGUAAUAACAUGGGCAUGGAAAGAGAAAUUCAGCUGCAUGUUGAGGAGUUUUUCCUACCAACUAUAAUUCUAGCAGAGGUCUGGAAAUUCUGUUAAGUAGGGCAUGAGUCAAAUCAGUCAUACUCUGAGGGGAAAGACAAGGCUAGCAGGCAUGAAUUCUCAUCUUCAGCUCAGCGGGUGGUGGUGGUGCUCUGAAAUAUUUUGGUAAAUGUCAGUGUCAACUUAUUUUUACUCAAGUAAUUACAGAAAAAAAGCACUUGCCCUAGGUGGAGCAUUGCACUUCAGACUUGAGCUCAGCUGUGAUGCCAUUGAAAUGAAUGAGCUGAGAAAACACAGAAAACUCUGGAGCAGUCCAGCUGUUCAGAAAUGUGGGCGCUUAGAAGCAAAAUUGUUCAUCGGUAACUGUAAGUGAUGGUGAGCGUAAAUCAAGAGCUGCAGCUCACUUUAGUGGUGGGGCUGUUUUGAAAAGUCAUGUGGUUAAACCAGAAUAUGUAAUGGAGGAGUAUAGCCAUCACCCCUGUGCCACUGGGAAAGGCAAGUAGUGAAGACAUCGAGUUAAAGGGAUAGACGUUUCACUUCAGGCUUUCCAAAGAAAACAAAAAUAAAAUGAGCAUUCAUGAGGCUCAAAAUGUUUUUACAAAACCUGUGUUUAAAAGGAAAAAAAGAAAAAGUAAGUUGCUAAAUGAAGACAUUAGAACAGUGAGCUUUCUGUUUGUAUUUAUUUUAGCUUGGAACAUAAAUGAUUACUCAUUUUGUGGUGAACAGUCAUCCCCUUCUUGAUUUCACCUUUGGGUCCUCUUGUGCUGAAGGAGAACGCUACAUAUAAAUACCACUGAGGCUUUUAAUGAAAACAAAAUCAUAGCAAUACUUGUUAAAGUCUGAGGGGAUGGGGAAGGGGAAUUAAACUUGUGUGUGACUUGACGUCGUCCAGGCAAGUUUUAGAAAGCAAGCUGCAGCAAACAGAAACAUUAGAACUGUGAUCUCUAGAAAUGAUAUGGUGUUGUAUUAUUUAUUGCAUGUUCUCACAUUAAAUAAAGCGUCACACACCACUGAGUGAUACAGAA